UAGAAUUAAGACAUCCGGGAUAAAUGACUCAGCUGAGCUCAAUGAAGCCAAAACAUGUGCGUCCAGGCUUAAUUGGUUGCACAAAGACCAAGCCAGGAUGAGCAGACACGGAUUCAUUAAACCAGGUGAAACCAAUCCUGGAUAGGUGCGCGCUCACGGCUCACUCAAAUAGACCCCGCCACAGAUCACAGAUUAACUAAUUUACCAUGGCAACUAGAGCCGCGUACUUUUCCCCGUCGGAAGCACAAAUCCUCAUGGAGGCAUACGAGGAGGUAAAAGAUAUAAUUAAGAAGAAAGGCAACACCGCCACAGUGAUAAAGCAAAGAGAAAAAGCGUGGCAAAGUAUUGCAGACCGCCUGAAUGCAUUAAACAUGAACGGGCCAAAACGGACAUGGCAGCAGGUCAAAAUCAAAUACAAGAACAUUCUGCAGAAUGCAGUGAAAAAGAAUACCCACAGACAAGGCACGGGUGGUGGGUCACCAAAGGCUGACCUUACCCCAGCAGAGGACAUGGCCUUGGAGCUAAAUAAAGGCAGGCCCGUCUUAGAGGGGAUCCCUGGGGGGAAAGAGACGAGCAUAGGUUCCUCCCAAGAUGCCACCCGCUUCAUUCAAGUGCCUGGCAGCACUGUGUUCCUGUUAGAGCCACCAGCACAAGCACCAGACGAUGCUGAUCCAGAUGAAGGCCCCAGUGCAGCAGCAACAGCACAUGAUGGAGACGAUGAGGAGGAGGAGACCAUCUCUCUGGAUUCCAGAAGGCAUGAGGACCCAGAUGCUAUACAGUGGGAAAACCAGCCUGGCAACAUAAGCUCACAAGCUAUCAGAAAGUUGUAUGGCAACCACCUCCGGCGCCAAAUAGAACUGGCAGACAUAGACAUUCAGUACAAGAAGAAAAAGAUGGAAAAUCUUGCACUGGAGUCCGAAAUAAAAAAGAGGACAAUUAGGAAACUGGACCUUGAAAUAAAAAAACUUGAGAGGGAGCUCCAAGAAGAUGACACAGCUCAAAAUAAAAAUGAGCAAUCAGUACAACCAAGUCAUCGUUAUAAGGCAUCGCCCUCUUUUGCCCACCCCCCCAGCACCAGGUGUGGCCACUAGCCUAUAUGAAGGCCCAAAAUUGUGUGUUCCUUUCUGCUCUGACAAUGGCAUGCCCAUUCGUGCGAGAUGUGGUGGAUGAAGAAGCACUUGUGCUGAGGAGAGCCUUCAGGCGAGAAAGGGUCUUCAGGGACCGGUUGGACCCACUGGCCUUCCCUGAUGACCAUCUAUAUGAAAGAUACAGGUUUUCUGCAGAUGGCAUCAGGUAUCUAUGCAGACUACUGGGUCCCAGGAUUAAGCACCGCACUGCACGGAGCCAUGCACUGAGUGUGGAGCAAAUGGUUUGUGUGGCCUUGCGCUUUUUUGCUAGUGGAGCCUUCCUGUACUCAGUGGGGGAUGCAGAACAGCUGAACAAGGCCACAAUUUGCCGCACAAUAAGGAGUGUGUGUCUGGCUAUCAAAGCAUUAGCAGAUGUCUUCAUCUCCUUCCCUGGUCACAGAAGACUCUGUGACAUCAAAGAGGAGUUCUAUAGGAUUGCAGAUGGUCUGCAAUGCUGACUGUGUGAUCAGCAAUGUUGUGGCAAAAUGGCCUGGCUCAGUCCAUGACUCCAGAAUCUUUCGGGCCUCUGAAAUCUAUCAGUGCCUAUCACAAGGUGAAUUCUCUGGUGUGUUGCUGGGAGACAGGGGUAUGGCUGCCAGCCUUUUCUCCUGACACCUUUCACAGACCCCCAGGAAGCACAGCAGGCCUACAACCAUGCCCAUGCCAGGACCAGGGCCAGAGUUGAAAUGACCUUUGGCCUCCUGAAGGCACGCUUUCACUGCCUUCACAAAUUAAGGGUCAGCCCUGUUAGGGCAUGUGAUAUUACUGUGGCUUGUGCUGUCCUCCACAAUGUGGCCUGCCUGAGGAAGGAGAGGGCCCCAGAGUGCCACCAGCCAUGGACUGGGACAAUCCGGCAAUCUUCCCUGAUGACGACAGUGGUCGGCUGCUGAGGGACCAAUAUGUGUUGAAUUAUUUUAGUUAGUAUGUGUGCUUUCAAUUUUGGUUAAAUAUGUCCUGCGGUGGCAGAGGAAUUUGGUUUUUUUUGGGUUCGUUUUUGACGAAUUUGGCCUCUUAUGAUGUUUGUGCGGUAUACUGUGUGUAAUACAAGGCUGCAGGAGGCUACUGCAUCCAUUCAUUUGUCUGUUCAGUUGAUGUGUAUGGAUUUGUCCUGCAUUUAUUUUAGUGUGCAGACAUGCAGGGUGUGUUAUAUACAGACCUUUGAAUGUGUAUGUAUCAUUUUGUAUAAUAUGCUUGGAUUCUGUGCUUUCCAUCUUGUAGAGUCACUGUGACUUCAGUUUCGAAAGGAGCUGAUGGUUUACCUGCUUUGUUUUGUCCUUAUUCAAUAAAGGAACAUAAUGUUACA